AUGGUUUCUGCCAAGAAGAAGGAGAUGGUGACAGCGAUGCGCCCCGCUUACAUUCGGAUCCUCUUCUACUUUUUCUGUUUGGCGACUUGUUUAAAGAAAACCACUGGACAGACAAGGAAGGAUGAAAGGAUCUAUCCGGAGAAUUUCACUCGCAUUUUAGACCGACUUCUGGACGGUUAUGACAACAGGCUGCGACCUGGAUUCGGGGGUCCUGUGACUGAGGUCAAGACAGACAUUUAUGUGACAAGUUUUGGGCCAGUCUCAGAUGUUGAAAUGGAGUACACAAUGGACGUGUUCUUUCGACAGACAUGGGUGGACCGGAGGUUGAUGUACGAGGGUCCGAUAGAGAUUUUGAGGCUGAACAACUUGAUGGUGACUAAAGUUUGGACACCAGACACUUUCUUCAGGAAUGGCAAGAAGUCAGUGGCUCACAACAUGACGGCCCCCAACAAACUCUUCCGCAUCAUGAAGAAUGGCACCAUUCUCUACACCAUGAGGUUGACUAUUAGUGCUGAAUGUCCCAUGAAGCUUGUGGACUUCCCCAUGGAUGGACAUGCAUGCCCCCUCAAGUUUGGAAGCUAUGCCUAUCCUAAAACAGAGAUGAUCUAUACUUGGACCAAAGGACCUCAGCAUUCGGUGGAGGUCCCUCCUGAGUCCUCCAGCCUGGUUCAGUAUGAUCUCAUCGGCCAGACGGUCUCCAGUGAAACGAUCAAAUCAAUCACAGGUGAAUAUGUGGUGAUGACGGUCUACUUCCACUUGAAACGUAAAAUGGGCUACUUCAUGAUUCAGACUUAUAUCCCCUGCAUAAUGACAGUAAUCCUCUCCCAAGUGUCCUUCUGGAUAAAUAAAGAAUCAGUUCCGGCACGCACAGUCUUUGGCAUCACCACUGUCCUGACCAUGACAACACUCAGUAUCAGUGCUCGCCACUCCCUUCCCAAGGUCUCAUAUGCCACUGCGAUGGACUGGUUCAUUGCUGUCUGCUUCGCCUUCGUCUUCUCCGCCCUCAUCGAGUUCGCUGCUGUUAACUACUUCACUAACGCACAGAUCGAGCGGGCCAAAAAGAAGCCAGCCAAAUGUCCCCCUGUGCCCCAAACUACACCUGUCAAGGUCAAGGACGCUGAAGAAGUGCUGCAGCAAAAUCCUGAUAGCAAUGGCAACCUGAGAAAACGGAUGAAUUAUAUUCCCCACCAAGAGUCGAGUAGUCACCAGAGAGCCCAGUCCACCACCAACAUUUCAGGAGUAGGAAGAGCGAGACCGCUGCGACCUUUAGCCAGCGGAGCCAACGGCAGCUCCUCCACACUCUCACGCUCCAGCCCCAAGUCUGAGAGCCUGCUCAGCGUGGCCUCUUCCUCUGCGCAGCUGGUGAAAAGCACGCCCCAGGCUGCAGCUUCCACGCCAGACGUGAUGGCAGGGACGCCGUGCAAGCAGAACACCAACUCCUCGUCUCUGCAGCAUCUGCUGGGGCCCAAGCUGGAGCGCAUCCAGAUGAUGGGGAACAAACUGGAGCUAAAGCAGACGCCGUGCUCCCAGCCCACCACUGCUGGUAUGGGUGGAACCAGUAAAAUUGACAAAUACGCACGGAUCCUGUUCCCAGUGUCCUUCGGGGCAUUUAACAUGGUCUACUGGGUAGUUUACUUAUCAAAGGACACAAUGGUGGCUAAAGGUGGCUAGACUUUGCAUUGACAACAAGAGGGAUGAAUCAUUUCUUUUAACAGAUGGGAAGCAAACGAGGAUUAUGGGACUUUGCAAACAAUAUAAGGAAACUGUUCUUGCCAAGCAAAUAAACAAACUGUGACUGCAAAGCACUUCCAUAUCCCGGAGAACACACUCAGAAUACAUUUAUUUUUUUCUUGAGGUCCUCGAACAACAAGCAUGGGAACCAAUCAACCAAAUUAGAAAUAUCUGACUCAACAUAAGAAAGAAAACACCUGCACACUGGAAUAUGCUACUGUCCUCUUUCUAUCAUGCUACGACAGACUGUAAAGGUCUUCAUUGGCUUCAACUGCCUCAUGGUCCCUUUUGGCCUACAGUCAAGAUGAAGCAUGAGAUUUUUUCAUUUUCCUAUUUUUGUACCCAGCACCUGGCAAGAUGUUCGGAUGUGUGUACCACCAUCCUGAAAUGAACUGUAUUAACGCUAUGUAAAUAUAUACAUUUAUUAGGAUUAACAGAUUUAUAUUUAAUGAUUACAGUGUACUUCCAUUUUAAUAUCCAGACUUGUUGCUUUGGUGCCUGCUGGGCUCCACGAAGGCUAGAUGAUGCAAAGUUAAAUUAUCUGAUAAUAAAAAGGGACUCUGGUUAUGGUUUCCAGGGACUUUCAGUUUAGAAACAGCCAUUUGUUUCAAAUAACCCUGAAUACUGGCCAAAAGAUGGUCAAAUUAAAAUGGAAUAGAUAAAUUUUGAUUAGAAUGAAAGUCCCCAAAUCGGGCUGAGUGGAGCUUUGGCCAGGACUUGAUCAGCGCUGAAAAGCCUCUCAUGUACAGUACCUACUAGCAAAGCAUCUUUCUUUGGAUGGAUUAACUAAAUCUGGAAAUACUAACACUGAAGAUAAAAUUUGGGGAUCAGUCGGGCAGAAAGUAGUAAAGACAAGUUAUUAAUUCAUGUAACAGUAGGAUUUAAGCUUCUUUCCUGACAUAAUGGGUUGCCAAAUAGUAGACAAAGAUUGUAAAAGUGAUUAAAACACAGUCAUAGCAUGAACAAAUAGAGGCAACAGCAAGAAAGCUAUUUGUCAGUAGACCACUGCAGCAAUACAAUAGUGACUUGGUUGUUUGUUUAGGGACAUUGUGGCAUGUACAAUGAAAGAAGCGAACGGCUGUCAUCCACCUUUUUAUGUCUAUGUCUCUCUAGCAGAUGUGACUGAGAAUAAACCUGCUUUA